AUGCAUAGGAUCAAUGAGGAUUCAGCCCCUGGCAGCAUUCCGCUAAUUAGCCCCCUCAUCCGUGUCCCGAUGUAUUCAGGCAUCGAAGGAAUUUUAGUGCAGAUCGCUGGAGCAGCGAUCGGAGCCAGUGUGCGCUGUGUAAAUCGUAACGUGGUUUUGGACUGCGAACUGACCUGCAAUGGUGUUCAAGAACUGCUGAACCCUGCGAAGGGAAUAUCGAAUGAUGUUACCAAAUCUAAUCUGCCCGAAGACAGAUGGGUGAACUAG